CAUUUUGCCUUCUUCAGUCUUAGACGCUCUUAGAAAUUGUAUCGCAAUGCAAAUAAUUUCGCUAUUUCAAAUUUCAUUGCUAUUUUGUACAUCCUUUGCAGCAGUUACUGAAGAAGAUGAAGCUACUAGCUCCCUUUUAACAGUUACCGAAGACGAUGUGACAUCAGCUCCAAGAAUACAGCCAAGAGUUUACGGAGGUAAGGCGAUAAAAAACGGAGCACUCGGCGGCUUUGCUGUGCAAAUUUUUAAAAAUAAUGCCCUGGUUUGCUCGGGAACUCUUCUGUCACCACGACAUUUUAUAACAGCGGCCCAUUGUUUUGAGAAGGGUGCGCAGACAGACUUUCACGCUGUUGCCGGGAGAUCGGAUGAGGUAGAUUCACGAACAUUGACAAAGAAAAACGAACUUAUCCAGGUGAGGCAGCAUCCUAAAUUCAAAAAGACUGACUUCAUCGCCGAUAUUGCUGUGGCAAAGGUAAAAUAUCCGAUGCAAAGCAAGUACAUUGGCUAUGCCAAAAUGUGCUCCAUGGAAAUUUUUCCGAGUGAGUUUGUUACCGUAGCGGGUUGGGGCAAGAAUGAAAAACAACAAGAUCCCGCAAGAUCUGCAAGGAACAGUCUCCGUACCAUUACUGUGCCUAUUAUGGGUCGGAAAGAAUGUCAACGCAAGCUGAAACGCGUCUUGCCGCCAAAUAUCCUCUGCGCCGGGGGUCACAAGAAACGCACCAUCUGCGAUGGCGACUCUGGCGGACCACUGAUGUUCCGGAACGAGGUGUGUGGCGUGAACACAUGGACCUGGGAGUGCGGUCAAAGCGAAAAGCCCGAUGUUUACAUGAGCGUCCGCUACUAUGCUAACUUUAUAAAAAAUACGAUGGAAUCCAUGGGCAACUGAUAAAAGAGAAACAAAAAUUGGAACCAAAUAAAUAUUAAAAAUACUGUAUUCAGUUGCAAAUAAAAUAUA